UCGAAAUGACAAAUUUGAGCACAGAUCAUGCUGAAUUAAACAAUACGACUGUCAAUUGGCUAAAACGAAUAAGACCAAUUUUUGAACAAAGUAGUAGCAUGUACGAGCAAAUGAAAUCUGACUUGGAAGAAAAUUUGCAAAGUAAAGUGAUGACCUUGAACACGCAAGUCGAAGAAAUAUUUCCAAGAUUAACGAUCAUGAAUGAUAUGGAUGAUGCUAAACGCGUGAAUGAAUAUAUAGAAGAUAUACGAAAAUUGAUAAGAAGUCUCGAUCGUAUGGAUGAACAAGCAGAAUGGAUAAAUAACGAAGAAACUCUUUUUAAUUUUCCACUCACCCAAUAUCCCCUUAUCAACGAAUUAAAAGAGAUUAUAAUGCCGUUUUAUGAGAUGAUAUAUCUAGCGUAUAAAUGGCAAAGAUACCGAGAUGUCUGGUUAGAUGGACCAUUCGAAUAUCUUGAUGGAUAUGAAGUCGAUACUAAGUGUAACGAGUUAUAUGCUAACUUCAGCAAAAUGAGCAAACAAUACAGAACUAAAAUCAAGAUGCAACUGGCGACAAAUUAUCCUUAUAGUUUUACAGGUUUGAUUGAUGAUCCAGAUCCUUUCCAACAACCGGUACCUUUAAAGCUUUCGUAUCAGAUUCUAGAAGAUAUUCAAUCGUUCAAAGUAUACGUUCCACUUGUAACAGUUUUCUGUAAUCCUGCUUUACGACAACAUCAUUGGGACGAAAUGUCACUCAUUGCAGGUUUUGAUCUUACACCCAAUGCUGGAACAACUCUUCGAAAAAUGAUAGCCAUGGAUCUGUUAGAAGAUCUAGACAAAUAUGAGUUAAUAAGCGUUAGUGCAUCGAAAGAACUGAGUCUCGAGCAAGCCUUUUAUAAAAUAGAGAAAGAGUGGGACGACGUUUUAUUCGAGACAACAUUAUUUAAAGAUUCUGGUGUUGAUAUAUUAACUCGUUUAGAUGACAUACAAACACUUUUAGAAGAACACAUUGUUAAAAUACAAACGAUGCGUGGCUCGGCAUUUGUAAAGCAGAUUAGAAAAAAGGUGGACGAUUUUUAUCAGAAAUUACUUCGUAUACAAAAUACCAUCGAACAAUGGGUUAAGGUGCAAGUACAAUGGAUGUACUUGCUACCGAUAUUUUCAAGCAAAGACAUUAUAGCACAAUUGCCUGAAGAAAAUGUACUAUUUGUUCAAGUCGAUGGAAUUUUUCGGAAUGCUAUGCAAGCAGUUAAAAGAGAUCGCCGAGUUAAAGAAACUGCUGGUAGUGUCGGCUUAUUAGAAGCUAUGAGAGAAGCUAACAUUAUGAUGGAAACAGUUAACGAAGGUAUAUACAAUUACCUGGAAAAGAAAAGGCUUUUCUUUCCACGUUUCUUCUUUUUGAGUAACGACGAUAUGCUUGAAAUUCUAUCCGAGACAAAGGACCCACUUCGCGUACAACCUCAUUUGAAAAAAUGUUUCGAAGGAAUUAACAAGCUUGGAUUUAAUGAGUCCUUGGAGAUCUAUUCUAUAAUCAGUGAUCAAAAGGAAGAGAUAAUGUUGCAAGGUCGUAUCUCAACAGAAGCUGCACAUGGUUGUGUAGAAAAAUGGUUGAUCCAAGUAGAAGAAUACAUGUUGAAAUCGGUAAGACAUGAAACGCUUAUGAGUUAUUUGGAUUAUGAUACAAACGAACGGGUAGUAUGGGUUCAAAUUUGGCCUGGCAUGGUUGUACUUUGUGUCGCUCAAAUCUAUUGGUCUAUGGAAGUUCAAUCGAGUUUAUUGACACAUAUACUAUCGACUUUGGAAGCACUGUGGAAAAAAUUACAAUUACAAAUUUUUGACAUGGUUAAUCUGGUAAAAGGUCAUCUGACGAAACAAAAUCGUAUCACGUUGAACGCUCUUAUUACAAUCGAUGUUCAUGCUAUGGAUAUAGUAAAAAUGCUCAUCGAUAAGCGUAUUACAGAUGAGAAAGACUUCGAAUGGUUAGCUCAGCUUCGUUAUUAUUGGGAAAAUGAUGUAUUUGUUAGAAUCAUACAUGCGACUAUAGCGUAUGCUUAUGAGUAUCUUGGAAAUACAUCACGUCUUGUGAUUACACCAUUGACUGACAGAUGUUAUCGUACUUUGGUAGGUGCAUAUACUUUGCACUUAAAUGGAGCAGCCGAGGGUCCUGCAGGUACUGGAAAAACUGAAACAACAAAGGACCUUAGCAGAGCUAUCGCUGUACAAUGUAUCGUUUUUAAUUGUUCUGAGGGUCUCGAUUACAAAAAUAUGGGAAAAUUUUUCAAAGGUUUAGCUUCCUGUGGCGCUUGGUCGUGCUUUGAUGAAUUCAAUCGAAUCGAAUUGGAAGUUUUAUCAGUGGUAGCACAACAAAUUCUUUCUAUAACUCAAGCGAUACAUGCGAAUUUAGAGACAUUCGUUUUCGAGGGAACAGAAUUGCGGUUAAAUCCUGCGGUUUAUAUUUGCAUCACGAUGAACCCUGGAUACGCUGGUCGUUCUGAAUUACCAGAUAAUUUAAAAGUUCUCUUUAGAACCGUGGCGAUGAUGGUACCGGAUUAUGCGAUGAUCGGCGAGAUCUUUCUUUAUUCAUCAGGCUUCAAUACCGCUCGUUCACUAUCAACAAAGAUCGUAGCAACUUAUAAAUUGUGUUCAGAACAACUCUCGUCUCAGUCUCAUUAUGAUUAUGGUAUGCGUGCCGUGAAAACUGUUCUAACAGCGGCACAAAAUAUCAAAUUGAAAUUUCCCAAUGAGGAUGAAGCAAUACUUCUUCUUCGUUCUAUCAUCGAUGUCAAUCUACCAAAAUUCUUGGCUCACGAUGUACCAUUGUUUCAAGGAAUAGUAUCUGAUCUCUUUCCAGGAUUGACUUUGCCAACUCCAAGUUAUGAUGUAUUACUGAAAGCAGUUCGUGAAGUCGCCAAGAAGAGAAAUUUACAAGCAGUUGACAGUUUCCUAUUGAAGAUCAUACAAACGUUUGAGAUGAUGAUUGUUCGACAUGGUUUUAUGCUGGUUGGUGAACCUUUUGGUGGAAAGACAUCUGUUCUUCAUACCUUAGCUGAUGUUUUAACUUUAAUGCAUGAAUGGAACGACGAGAAUGGUGCCGUGACGAAAUACUUCACGAUCAACCCUAAAUCAAUAACGUUGGACCAAUUAUAUGGACACUUCGAUCCAGUGUCCUCUGAGUGGUCAGACGGUGUAUGUGCAGUUGCAUUCCGAGCAUAUUGUAUGGAAGAAACUGAUGAUAGAAAAUGGAUUAUAUUUGAUGGCCCUGUCGAUGCACUUUGGAUCGAGAAUCUCAAUACUGUGCUGGAUGAUAAUAAAAAACUGUGCUUGACAUCUGGCGAAGUAAUGCAAAUGACAAACGUGAUGUCGAUGAUAUUCGAAGUUAUGGAUUUGGUCCAUGCGUCCCCUGCUACAGUAUCGCGUUGUGGAAUGAUCUAUAUAGAACCUCGUGUACUUGGUUUGCAACCGUUUAUCGAUUCUUGGAUAGCAUAUUUAAAUCCACAAUGGAAAGAAGAUUAUGAAGAUUUAAUAAAUGAGCUUUUUGAAUGGUUGAUGCAUCCUUGCUUGGAGUUCAUUCGUAAGAUGUGUCAUAUGCAUCUGAACGUGAGCCAAAUCCAUCAGCUAGUGUCGACCAUGAAUCUCGUAGAGAUGUUUAUAGAAACUGCUGUGGAGGAUAACCCGAAAACUUUUGAUACAUAUAUUACAUCAUGGCUACAAGCUGCAAUGCUAUUAGGGAUGGUUUGGGGAGCAGGUGGUACUUUGGAUCUUGACUCUCGAUUCAAAUUCAAUGCAUUUUAUUUAACAUUUUGGAAAGAUGAAAACACAGAAUAUCCCAUUCCCGAGAGUAUAAAGGAUUUAUUAAUCUCCAUACCAGGAGACGAACUCAUUCAUGAUCAUUUUUAUACGUUCAAAGGUAAAGGAGCAUGGAAACGUCUUGUCGAUUUAUCUACGUCAGAACAAUAUAAUGAGAACCAAAGUAUUAGCAAUAUAAUGAUACCCACUAUCGAUACGGUUAAAUAUCAGCUAUUAUUCUUAAUGCAUAUCAAACAACGAAAACGAUUUUUAAUACAGGGAGACACUGGUACAGGUAAAAGUUUCUACAUAAAGGACAUGCUGAUGAACAAGUUGGAAGAAUCGGAAUAUUUACCUAAUUUUAUUAUUUUUACACCGACUACAACAGCUUGGACUACUCAAGAAUUGGUAUUAGCAAAGUUAUAUAAAAGACAGAAAAAUCAAUUAGGUCCAUUACCAGGUACACAGUGUAUAGUAUUCAUCGACGAAGUCAACAUGCCUGCCAAAGAGACUUAUGGCUCUCAAUCAGCAAUCGAAUUACUCCGGCAAUUUUUCGAUCAUGGGAGUUGGUACGAUCUAAAGAGACCAGAGAAAAUUACGAUUCUCGAUACGAUGUUUAUUUGUGCGAUGGCACCACCUGGUGGAAGUAGGCAAGAGAUUUAUCAAAGAUUUCUACGGCACUUCAAUCUAUAUUCCAUCAAUGAAUUCUCGAUGGAAAGUGUUUUCCGGAUUUUCACGAAUAUCGCCUUUGUCGGGCUCAAACGAAAUGGCUACACAACAUCAGUCAUUCCAAUCGUGAACGAAAUUGUGAACGCUACUAUAGCUAUAUAUAAAGCAGUUAGUAACGAAUUUAGACCAACACCAGCAAAACCACAUUAUUCGUUUAAUCUCCGUGAUAUUACUCGGGUAAUAUUAGGCUUUACCUUGAUAAAAAAAGAAAGUGCCGAAAGCAAGGCUGAAUUUACCAAAUUAUGGGCCCACGAAAUCUUAAGAGUAUUCGGUGAUCGUUUGAUAGAACCAAAUGAUCAUAAUUGGCUUUUUCUUACGAUUAAAGAAACCACGCAGAAGGUAUUAAAGGAAUCAUUCGAAACGAUAUUCGAUCAUCUGCCAAAAUUCAACGACAAUUUAACGAAAGAGAGUUUUCAAAGUUUGAUCUAUGGUAAUUUUAUGAACAUGGAAGCACUAGCGGAAGAUCGUCUCUACGAGGAGAUAAUCUCGAUAACAGAAUAUAGAGAAACAGCCCUGGCUUAUCUUCAAGAAUACAAUAAUACUCAUCGAAAGAAGAUCGAUAUUGUGAUGUUCCGUUAUGCUUUGGAACACUUGGCAAGAAUUUGUCGUGUACUUUCUAUUUCUAACAGCAGUUUACUAAUGGUUGGUGUAAGCGGUUCUGGAAGACAAUCUUUAACAAGAUUAGCAUCUAGUAUGGUUGGUCAUGGACUUUUUCAACCUGAGAUUGGUAGUGCAUAUAACUUAAACGAAUGGAGAGAGGACAUAAAGAAGGUAUUAAAAAAUUCCGGUGGAGCUGGUAAAGAUUUUGUAUUUCUAUUUACCGAAGGACAGAUUAAGGAAGAAGCUUUCCUUGCUGAUAUCGAUAGUCUCCUUAAUAUUGGAGAAGUACCAAAUCUUUUCACAAUUGAAGAAAGACAAGAGAUCAUUGAAAUGUGUCGAUUGGCUGCUCAAGGUGGUAAUCGUAAUUUGGAUAUAUCCGUGCUUUCUGUAUUAUCAUUUUUCAUUAAUCGUUGCAAAGAAAUGCUACAUAUAAUGUUAUGCUUCAGUCCAAUCGGUGAUACCUUUAGAAUAAGACUAAGACUUUAUCCGAGUCUAGUCAAUUGUUGCACCAUCGAUUGGUUUGAGGUAUGGCCUGAGGAAGCACUUGAACAAAUAGCACUUUACAACAUAGCAAGUAUCAACGUCGAUGAGAAUAUUAAAGUUAAUGCCGUUGUUGCUUCCAAAUAUUUUCAUAGCUGUGCGAAGGAUAUCAGUACUCAUUUCUAUCAAUUAUUUGGUAGAAUAACAUAUAUCACUACCGCAAGUUUUCUCGAUCUGAUGCGUACUUAUGUGGAAUUGAUAAGCGAGAAACAAGAGGAACUGACUUUAGCAAGGGAUCGAUAUCUUAAUGGUUUGGACAAGCUAGAAUUCGCUGCUAUACAGAUUCAACAUAUGAGAGUGGUUCUUUCGGAAUUAAGGCCGCAACUCGAGUUAUCCGCGAAAGAGACCACGGAUACUAUGAGGCAAAUAGAAAAGGAAAAUGUAAGCGUCGAGAAAGCAACGAUUAUGGUGAAGAGAGACGAAAAUGCAGCUAAUGUUCAAGCUACAAUUGCAGAGAACUUGAAGAUGGAGUGUGAAGCUGAUUUGGCCGAAGCCCUUCCUGCUUUGGACGAGGCGAUAGCUGCUUUGAAUACUCUCAAACCUGCUGAUAUCUCUGUUGUGAAAACCAUGAAAAGUCCUCCAGAAGGAGUGAAAUUAGUAAUGGCUGCAGUUUGUGUUAUGAUGAGCAUACCACCUAUUAAAAUCGAAGAUCCAGGUACUGGUCGUAAGGUUUUCGAUUAUUGGACACCUAGCAAACGUUUAUUAGGUGAUAUGAAAUUUUUGGACACUUUACGUCAAUAUGACAAGGAUAACAUCCCUACUCACAUAAUCGAUGAGAUCAAGAAGACAUAUAUGACGAAUAAAAAUUUCGAACCGAAGAUUGUAGCAAGAGCAUCAUCGGCUGCUGAGGGUCUGUGCAAGUGGGUUCGUGCAAUGGUAUUGUAUGAUAAAGUGAUCAAAGAGGUUGCACCGAAAAAAGCGAAAUUGGCAGCUGCACAAACAGAAUACGAAGAAACCAUGGCGUUUUUGAACGAAAGACGUCAAAUGCUUGCUUCUUUGACCGAGAAACUUGCUCAUCUCAACGAAAGAUUGCAAAUUACGCUCGCGAAGAAACUCGAAUUAGAGAGCGAAGUUACCAAUUGCAGAAAUAAACUUAUUCGUGCUGAAAAACUGAUCGAUGGUUUAGGAGGAGAGAAAGAUCGUUGGUUAGCUGCAGCAGAUACUUUACAAAAAUCUUACGACACACUCCCAGGUGAUAUUUUAAUUUCUUGCGGAGUGAUUGCUUACCUUGGUCCAUUUACCGCGAGUUAUCGUAUGGAGAAUAUCAAUAAAUGGAUGACUUUUGUAAAAAGUUUGAAUAUACCCUGCUCGGAAGAUUACAAUUUCGUAAAAAUAUUAGGAACUGAGAUAAAAAUUAAUUCCUGGAAUAUAUUCGGUUUACCACGGGAUUCAUUUUCUAUUGAAAAUGCAAUCAUCAUGGAUAAUUCGAAGAGAUGGAGUUUGUUCAUAGAUCCGCAGAGUCAAGCAAACAAAUGGAUUCGUCAUAUGGAAAAACGGAGCGAAUUAGAGAUCGUCAAAGUAACAGAUAAAAAUUAUAUGAACAUCAUUGAACAAGCUAUAGAGUAUGGAAAGCCAGUUUUGAUUGAAAAUAUUUUGGAGGAUCUCCCAGCACCGCUUGAUCCGAUUCUCAUGAGAAAUAUAUAUAAAGUCGCGGGAAUAUGGCAUAUUACUUUAGGAGAAACUGUUAUUGAAUAUGAUUUACGUUUUAGAUUAUACAUCACAACAAAAUUACGAAAUCCGCAUUAUCUUCCGGACGUUUUUAAUAAAAUCACUUUAAUUAAUUUUGCUCUGACUAUAGAAGGUUUGGAAGAUCAAUUAUUAGAAAUCGUUGUAGCUAUUGAAAGACCUGACUUGCAAGAGAAGCGAGAAUUUUUGAUAGUUGAAAGUGCUGCAAAUAAGAAAGCCUUGAAACAGGUUGAGGAUAAUAUUUUGAAAACUUUGUCUGUAGCUGGAGCUGGAAUUUUGGAGGAUGAAGAAGCUAUAGAAAUUUUGGACUCAUCUAAAAUUCUUUCAACCGAUAUAAUAAAGAAACAGCAAGUCGCAAGAAAAACAGAAAAAACGAUCGAAGUUUUUCGUCAAAGUUAUCAACCUAUUGCAAAAUAUAGUUCAGCUCUAUAUUAUACCAUCACGGAUUUACCAAACAUAGAUCCUAUGUACGAAUUUUCAUUGCAAUGGUUUAUUAAUCUUUACAUUGUUUCUAUCGACUUAGCAAGCAAAAGUAAAAUCUUAGAACGUAGACUUGAAUUUUUGAGAAAUACGUUCACAUAUUAUCUUUAUCAAAAUGUCUGCCGAUCAUUGUUCGAGAAGGACAAGAUAUUGUAUUCGUUUAUAUUGUAUUCAACGAUUCUAUUGGCAAGUAAUCAAAUAGAUAAAAAUGAGUUUUUAUUCUUCUUAUCUGGUGGAAUGGCAUUGAAAACACUUACAAAAAAUCCAGCGCCCGAUUGGCUUCCAGAUAAAUCAUGGAAUGAAAUUGAUAGAGUAAACACAUUGUCAAGUUUCGAAAAAUUUUCAGAAAGUUUUAGCAAAAAUUUAAUGAAAUGGAAAACAUAUUACGAUCUAUUAAAUCCUGAAAGAGCAUCUUUACCAGAACCAUGGGAAAGUACAUUGACUCCAUUUCAAAAGUUGAUUGUUAUGAGAAUGAUCAGACCUGACAAAAUUAUAAUUGCAAUACGCGAAUUUGUUAAGAAUGGAAUGGGAAAUAAAUUUAUAAUACCACCACCAUUUGAUAUCUCCAAGUCUUACAUGGAUUCAAGUUGUACAAUUCCACUGAUUUUUAUUCUAUCGCCAGGUUCCGAUCCAAUGGGAGCUUUGACCAAAUUUGCUGAUAGUAUGAAUUAUCUAUCGAAAUUCGCUACUAUUUCAUUAGGUCAAGGUCAGGGCCCUAUAGCUCAAAAACUUAUUUCCGAUGCUCAAAUCGAAGGUUCUUGGGUUUGUUUACAAAACUGUCAUUUAGCUGUAUCUUGGAUGCCUGUUCUUGAAAAAAUUUGCGAGAAUUUCAAUCUGAUGAAUACUCACGUCAAAUUUCGUCUUUGGUUGACAAGUUAUCCUUCUGAUAAAUUUCCCAUAACGGUUUUGCAAAAUGGUAUGAAAAUAACGAACGAACCUCCUACGGGUCUUCAACAAAAUAUUAUGAAGUGUUAUUUAUCCGAAGCUGCCGAGGAACCAGAUUUUUUUCACACGAUGUCUCACAAGAAAAAAAAUUACUCAAAAUUGCUAUACGCUUUAUGUUUCUUUCACGCAUUGAUUCAAGAACGUAGAAAUUAUGGACCACAAGGCUGGAAUAUUAAAUACGGCUUUGAUGAUUCUGACUUACAAAUAUCAGUGCAACAGCUUCAAUUUUACAUUGAAGAUUACGAAGAGGUUCCAUUUAAAGCAAUCAUUUAUCUCACGGGGGAAUGUAACUAUGGCGGAAGAGUUACAGAUGAUAGAGAUCGAAGAUGUUUAAAUACUAUUUUAGAUGACUUUUAUAAUCUUGAUGUAAUUACAAAUCCAAAUUAUUCGUUCAGCGAUGUUGGUCCAGAAUAUACAUUACCUAAAAAACAUGACUAUCAAGAUUAUAUCGAACAAAUAGAAGGGAUUCCUAUUAUCACACCACCGGAAGUGUUUGGAUUGCACAUGAAUGCAGGAAUAACUCGCGACCUUGAACUUUCAAAGAAUUUCUUUGAUUCGAUGAUGUUGAUUCAGGGAACCGUCGCAGUGGGCGACGCUAUGAAACAGGAUGAACUAUUGUUGCUCAUGAAAGAAAAUAUCUAUAGUAAAUUACCAGGUCUGUUUGACAUCGAAGAGGCUCAUAAUUUGUAUCCAACGAUGUACAUGGAAUCAAUGAACACAGUAUUGGUACAAGAAAUGGAAAGAUAUAAUAUACUUCUAGCUGAGAUGAGAAAUUCAUUGAUAAUGUUAGAAAGAGCUAUAAAAGGUCUCAUAGUCAUGACUUCCGCUUUGGAGGUUUUAGGAACACACAUAAUUAAUGAUAAAGUUCCACCAUCUUGGCUUAGAGCAAGUGCUUAUCCAACGUUGAAAUCAUUAUCCGGUUUUAUCGAUGAUUUCUUAAAACGUUUAGAAUUUUUCAAAAACUGGUUGAUAGAAGGAAAACCAAAGACUUUUUGGAUAUCCGGAUUUUCAUUCGUGCACGCAUUUCUAACGGGCGCGACACAAAAUUUCGCAAGGAAAUAUAAAAUACCGAUUGAUAAAAUCGAUUUUGAUUUUCAGGUAAUGCCAUCGUAUGAAUUAAAUAAAUCUCCGAUAGACGGGGUAUAUGUUUACGGUAUGUAUUUAGCUGGUGCUAGGUGGGACAUGAAAACUAUGUUACUUGCUGAAAGUUAUCCGAAAAUACUUUGGGACUCCAUGCCAAUAAUAUGGUUCAAACCAUCCGAAAUGGUUAAUGUAAUAAUAAAAGGACGAUAUGAAUGUCCCUUAUAUAUUACGUCUGCGCGUUUUGGAGUAUUGAAAACCACAGGUCACUCUACUAAUUAUGUAUUAUCUAUACUUCUCGAUACCAAUAAGAAAGUUAGUCAUUGGAUUAAAAGAGGUCUAGCUUUAUUAUGUCAGCUUGAUAAUUAAGCACUUGGAAAAUACUUUUUGAUAUAAUUAAUAAUGUAAAGAAAGAAUAAUGAAAUAAAAAGACGAUAUAUUGA